AGGCAGCAUCUCAUGGAGGUCUUCGAUGUUCCAGAAGGGGAGUGCAACCACACAGACUCCUGGGAGUGGGUCUACACCAUGCAGCCGGCCUACAUGUCUUUGAUCUGUGUUCUCGGUGUGAGCGGCAACAUUUUCGUCCUGCUGGUCUUUUGCCUCCAGCGGAGGUCCAGCACUGUGGCUGACAUAUACCUGGGAAACCUGGCUGCCGCAGACCUCUUCAUGGUGGCUUGCCUGCCUUUCUGGGUGGCCACUGUUGUCAGGCGCUUCAACUGGGCCUUUGGGGAGCCACUCUGCCAGCUGGUCAACCUGAUCAUCGGGAUGAACUACUACUGCAGUGUGCUGUUCCUCACCCUGGUCAGUGUGGACCGGUACUUGGCGCUGGCCCGACCGUUGGGACAGUGUUGUCUCAGAAAUCCGGGUGGGGCCAGGGCUGUGUGCCUGGGAGUGUGGGUGGUGGGAGCUCUGCUGAGCCUCCCUGCCCUGCUUUUUCGCUCAGUCCGAUUCUUCCCUGACCUGGGCGUGGAGGGGUGUUACAUGGCGUACCCCCACAACGGCUGGAGGCUGCGCUACAACUUGACGGUCAACCUGCUGGGGUUCCUCCUCCCCGUCCCUGUGGUUUCCUUUUGCAGCUUCCACAUCCUGAAGGUCCUUCAGAACAGCCAGGAGAUGAGGAGAGCCAGCAGGCCGAGGGGGCGGGAAAAGAGGUGGGCCGAGAGGAAGGCGGCCCACCUGGUUCUCAUUGUGCUUGGGGUCUUUGUCCUCUGCUGGCUACCUUACCAGGUGGUCAUCUUGUUGGACACCCUGCACUACUACAAGUUCAUCUCUGGCUGUGGGUGGACCCAUGUGCUAGACAUCAGCACCCAGCUGUCUACUUACCUCGGAUACAGCAACAGCUCUCUGAACCCUUUCCUCUAUGUGAUCGUUGGGAAACACUUCAGGCAGAAUGCGAAGGCAGUGUUUAAACAGAUGCUGUGUGGUGGGACAUGGAGGAGGUCCAGCCACAAGGCAAAUGUCAACUCAACCACUAGAUACACAGAUUCCACCAAGGUAUGAUAUCAGAAAUGGCUGUGUGGUUAGGUAUUCUGGGAUCCCAUAUUACUGCGACGGCUCCAUUAUUUGAUAAGGCUAUUUGUACGUGGCUUUUGCUUAAUAAAACCAUGUGAACGAUUGUUUUGCUUUGAAAUCUAUGUGCAUCAUUAUUGAAUGAUAUUUGUUUUUCGUUUAAUUCAACCUCAAUAAAUCAUAACUUGCUUCUGACCUUUAAAACAUGCUUGUAUGUAAGCUCUUACCUUUACCAUUAUGAUGUACUGUUAUUUGUGUGCAGAUAUCCUCUAUUUGGCCCAACCUAUGACAUAAAUAAAAUAACUUAUCUUGUAUAUUCA